AUGCAGAUUCUCCUGCUGAUUCUCGGCUUCUCGGCUCUAUUCUAUGCAACCUCAUCGGCUGCUAUUGGAGUAAAAAAAGAGUGUAAGAAGGCAAAGGUAUGUUAAAAUUAUAUAAAGAAUGCUCAGUUUCUGUUUCGUUUUAGGCGUUCGCAGUCGGUACUCGAAGUGCAAACGGUAUUGACGCCGUCGAUUUCGAGGACCGCACUCUCCGCAAGCCUGUCCAGAAAGUCUAUUUCUGGCCGAGUCUCACGGAGUUCGAGAAGAAGGUGCUCCGCGAGGCAUUCUCCCAAAUCGCCAGACGUACCUGCGUCAAGUUCGAAGAGCAGGAGUACAAGCCGUGGUACCACGCGGACCGCUGGGACGCCAAAUCUCCUCACGUUCUCAUCCGCAAAUCCGGAAAGUUCGCCGCUUAUUCGGACGCGGUUGUGGAGGGACUCGUGGAUCGGACGAUCCUCUACGUGGCACAAUCUUCGUUCGAGACGAACAAUUUCAAUCACUCGCGGGGAAUGGUUAUGGACCAGUUGGUGCGGUUCAUGGGAUUGCAGAGGGAGUUGUACAGACCGGAUGCCGUCUCGUAUGUGCAAGCGAUCGGGUUAGUUUAAUGGGUUCGCACUGACAUAAUUGGGGCGAGAAUGAUUUGUGUUCUAUUAUGUUCUUCUGGUUUCUCUAUUAAUGUGAUCGUGAUCGUUUCCAGAGGUGGCGUUCCGAAUCUCGGCACUCCUGACUACAAUCCGAUUCAGCUGACGUGGCCGUUCGAUCCGGAGAGCAUCACAGUUCCGUUGUGGGCUCGCGAGAAGUUCCGUCUAACGCCGUACUGCCCGGCUCGCAACGACGCGGACAUCGGAGCGGGACAGAGAGUCGGACUGCUCACGAAAUGGGACACUGUCAAGUUGAACAGCAUGUACUGCCCCGAUCAGAUCGUUGACGCCGAUCCGACACGUGGACCUUGUGUGGUGCCACGCUCCAAAGAUCUGGACAGCUUCAAGAGACGGCUAUGGGCGUACAAGAGACUGCUGGCAAAGAACAACAAGAAGAAGGUGAAGGUGUCGAAGAAGCACAAGUCUGUGUGA